CAGAAACCUAUUACCUUCACACACAUUAUUAAUCAUGCGCAUGCUUGAAAAAGAUGAAGAGGAAGGAGAUAUUCAAGUCUCAUGGCAGGAUCAACAAAAUAUCAACACCUUUAGCAAAUAUAAUGCCAAAUUCCAGGAUUUAGAGGAGACGUAUGAAGCUAAGAAGACUGAGAAGGAGUAUCUUGACGAUCUUGCAUCAGAACUUGAGUUGGCAGACGAGGACGAGCCUGUCAGAUAUCGCAUUGGUGAAGCUUUUGUAUCACUUUCACUUGAAGAAGCUCAGGAACGGAUUACAAAAUCUCAGCAAGAACUUGAGUCUGAAAUUGAAGAGCUGAAAAAGCAGAUGGACGAGGCUGUAGAAAAGAUGGACGGUCUUAAGAAGGUUCUUUACGCUCGUUUCGGCAAUGCAAUCAAUCUUGAGAAGGAUUAAAUAAAAAAAAAAGUGUCAAACAUGGCAAUAAUUG